CCCGGGUCACUUUCAAUAAGACACCAAUUUCCCGCACCGUCAGCCAUUUUUAAGUGAAUUUAUUUCACCUCACCAUGACACAAACAUCGGGAUACUCACUGUUCGCCUGUUCGGCACAGCCACAAUAUGGACAAUUUACUCAAAGAUAAUAUUACACCACAGCAGUUAAAAUUAGACUGUUUCACAUAUUUUACUUUUUUUAAUGAAGAAGCUGAAGAUGGAAAUGUGAAAUUAAAGAGAACAGUCUCUACCACAGUUACAUGUUUGUAUAAAAACUAAUGCCGGGCGUGUGGAAUGUUUUCCUGGUUUAUAGCUUUGGUUAUAGGGAAGAUAUCACGAAGAUUUGUUUUGACGGAUAAUCACACUGUUUCCUCAAUUGUUGUGACGGACACUGUCGUGGCGUGUUUUACGUAGGCAUUGUGCACAGCGGUAAGGAUAAAGAGCAAAUCAAUGGCGGAGAAUGCGGAUGGAGGGCCAUUACCCCCUGGAUGGGAUCGUAAAUAUGACCACAGAACAGGCAGAUACUAUUUCGUCAACUACUUCAACAAAACUACAACGUGGGAUGACCCUCGAUCACGCUAUAAGCAACUGGCUCAAAACAUUCCACAGCAUGUACCUGUUCUUGAGCCUAUUCCAUUACAGGACCUAACAAACAUGCGACCAAGCCCUGUUGCUGGACGACCUGGCUUUGGAACACCAUAUUCAUCUCCUGCACGGAGUGCAACAGCUACAGCACCAUCAGCAAAUGACACUGAAAUUGCUGUUACAAAAAUCAGUGCUAUGUUUCCAACUGUCAGUGAAACACACAUUCGGGCAUUGCUUAUCAAGUACCAUCAUCGUGAGGCAGUAGUAAUGAGUGCCCUCCAGGUGGAGAAGUACCCACUGUCAACACCAGGCCCAGGGACAAUUGCCUCUCCACCUGUGGCAGGCCGGCUCUUGGGCCUGGGUCUCGGCCCACCAUAUGAUAGUCCCCGGCUGGCGACUCGUCCACCACAUUCCUCCCCAAAGAUGAAAUUGAGGUACCUGAAGAGUGUAUUUCCAAAAGCAGAAGAAACAGUGUUGCUUGAUAUUUUAAGCAACUCUGAAAACAAUGUACAGAAGGCAUCAGAGAAACUUCUUGCUAUGGGGUUUGAAAAAAGGGACACACCACCUCCACGCCUUACACUCCGCCAGAAAGAGGAUGAACAGAAGGCAGCUGAACCACAGGCUGCCACCCCAACACCACCUCCACGCAUGAAGAGUAUUGAAGAGAAACAAAAAAUGAAGGGACGACUGCAAGAACAGUAUCAGUCUGUACCAGAGCGUGUUAUUACAAUAGCACUGGACAGUGUAGAUUAUGAUGAGGAACGAGCUGCACAUAUUCUGCAAAUAAUGGUGCAGGAAGAUGAACAAAAACCUGUUGAACAAAAACUUCCUCUAAUGCCCCAGCCACAAUCCAGGCCUACUCCACCACCACCAGAUGUUCCAGCUGUGUCACCAACUCCUGGAAGGAAACCUUCUGAGAAGCCACAGUCACGCAGACUCAAAGGAAAGAAAGAAACCCCAAAGGUUUCUAGAGGUACAAGUACUACUGAAGAUAAAGAAUACAAAUCUUCCUAUACAACAAAAGUUACUGGGCCUAACAGGAGUUUGCCAAAAGGACCAAAUGAUGAUCUUCUCUUAACUGAUUACAUGACAUGGAAUGGUCCCAAUCCAGAUAUGGUAAAGGGUCCGGAUCGUUCACUACUCUCAGAACGAAGUUACAUUGCAAGGGGCCCAGAUCCUUCAUUACGUAAGGGUCCUAUAUUUGGUCUGGCAAAGGGUAGCUUGUACUCUUGCCGACGAGCUGCGCAGACUGAGUCUGGGGAGUCUCGUGGAAAAUAGCGGCCGCUGUUAUGUGGGCUGCUGUAGAACUAACCAGCUAAGUUGUAUUUGUCUCAUUCUCACAGCAGUGCCAUGCUGAGACGGAAAUGAACCUGCAGGUGACACCUUUUAAACAUGUAUUGGUUGGAUCUAUAGUGUGUAAGAAACAAUUCUUGUAUUUUUCUGUAGAUUGCAGUGAUUUAACCAGUAGCCUUGUCACCUGAUACUAAAAAAAACAUAGUUGUUUCUGUGUAGUGAUUGUUGGUCACCCAUCACUGUGCAAAUUUGUUUUCCUGGUAAACUGGUGUGGACUUGUUACUCCUCAGAGCUAUGUGUGUGCUGUAAGUGGUAUUAAUGUUGAAGUAUGUGCAAUAUAUGCUGAAAUGUGUUUGUCAUACUUGUAUUAUUAGUUUUAGGUGAGCCUGUGUGUAGGAGCUACAGCAACUUAAAAGGUCACAACAUACCUUCUGUGGCUGGUACUGUCUUAUUUUAUUGUAAUAUUUAGGACUAUCUAAAGAAAAAUGUUCCACAAAGUGUGUGUACUAACCAACACAUAUAGUUACUGUAAGUUUCUAUCAUUGGAAUUAUUCUUCAGUUUGAUUGUGUGUUUUGCAAGAAAAUACAGCUCUCUCACAUUUUUCCUGUAAGAGAUAUGGGGACUCUUUACCUUCUUCAAGCAAACCUGAACACAGACAUUUGCCAUUGGUCCAUUUUAAUUCUGUCGAAUAAAGUGGUGUAGUGGUAAGACAUUGGACUUGUAUUCAGGAAGAAGGUGUUUCAAACCCCGAGCUGGCCCUAAAUUUAGGUCUUCCAUGGGUAAGUCCUUAAGACAGCUGCCUCAACAAUUCCUUUAAAAAGGAAAAGACCAAUUCCCUUUCCGAUCCCAGCAUGUCUGUGUCUCUAUUGAACUUGUUGCUGAUGGGACAUUAAACUCUAAUCUCCCAUCCUUUUGAGUUUCAUUCUAGGCAGCACUACAGAGCCUUUUAAUGUGACUUUCAAAAAUUACUUUCGAGAAAUGUCAGUAUUUGAGGCUGUGGAGGAUUUUUUAAUGUCACAUGAUGUGUGACAUCUGUGUACAUAGACUGUGCACAUAAUAAUUCCUUCAACCUUAAGAUCUUUUUACCUCCCAGCCUUACUCUAAUUUCGGCAUUUAAUUUUUACCUGUGUGAUUUAUGAACCAUCUGAGGGUCUCUGCAUUAGCUAUCCAUUGAAAUAGCCAGCUUGAAUUGUGCUGCCAGAAUUUUUUUUAUGUUUCCCAUAAAUUUGAUAGAGAGAGAGAGGGGGGGGGGGCAAGGUUAAAUUUCCUGAUAAUCUGAUUAUUCACCAGUAUUAUGGGCACUGUUUGCGUGCACUGUGCAUUGUCAGGUCAAGUCAAGACACUGAUGGCAGUGAUCUGGUUUAUGAAUUGCUGUAUUAGACUGGACAGUUCCUUGUUGUUUUUCAAGAGGGAACAUCUGCACUACUGUUAAUUUCUCUUCCUUUCUUUUUAUUCUAAACAAGUACAUUACAGAUACAACAGUAUACACUCAAAUAUUCAUCAUAGUCAAUCACAUGUUUCAGUUACUUAUUAUACUUAAUACAGCUAUAAGUAUAACUGAAUAUCUCACAGUUUGGUUGGAAGUCAUCAUGAUUCACAUUACAAGAAGAUACUGUUGGGCUUUGUCAAAAUAUUGUGUGGUUAAUGGAACCAGUUACGUGGCUGGUCACUUCAAGUUUACCUUUAUUGCACUCAGUUUGGGUAGUGCAUCUGAUAUCAAUACUAUUCCCACUAUUGCAAUUUGCUAAGGUCAGCCUCAAUUCUUAAUUCUGAAAAAUCAUUUAUCAUAGUAUAUUAUUGCUUUCUUUAUAGAAAUUUUACUGUCCUCCAAUUUUGUGUUUGUUAGCCAGUUUAGCAACUAACUGUCAAUUCUUUUGCCUGUCAUUCCCCACGUACAAGGUCAGAGUAUCAAGAGUCUUCAUCUGGUAACAUUACAGUUAUGGAUAAUUAUGGUUCUCCCCAGACAUUAGUUGCAAUACACAGUAACUUCCACUGUUCUGUCAAAUGUACUUUGCAGUUACAUGUAUUAUCAGAAUGACAUUUUCUACCCCCUUUAGUUGCCUCACUAAAAAUGUCACGAAAAGUUUUAAUGAAUUAGGAUUUUUAAAAUGACUGUCUCAUUUAUAAAUUAAAACCUUUUAGUAACACCCUAUCUCCAUGAACUGACACUAUUAUGAUAAAGAAUUAAUGACAUUAUACCUGACAUUAGAAAAAGAAUUGCCACUGUGUAAUUAUAUAUUUCAUUCAAACCUAUACCUAUGAUGUCUGACUUCCGGCCGACAUAUCAAUUAUGACUUUCCUUUUCAAAUUUAUGAACUGUGGCAGUGCUGGAUACAGCUUCCUUAUCGAAGAUCCUAUUAUUUUAUGAUAAGCAAACAUAAUAUUUGUUUUCUCAGGUUUGCCCAGGCCAUCAAAAUUAUGUAUCCUUUUUUAAUUUUAUUGAUUGUAAGCCUGCUUUACCCUUAAUAAAACAUUGUACAGAGUACUGUAGGCUAGCAGUUGUUAAGUUGUGAGAGUGUAUUUAUUGUCUCCUCACAUUUCCCCUAGCUACAGCACUUUCGUUGGCAUCUUGAAUGCCUUUAUGAAAUAUUCGUGGAAACUUUCUAGAAAGACUGGGACUCAGUCUUAAUGGUAUCAGUUUUAAUCAGUCAAGAAGUUUGUUUUGUCUUUUCUGUUUUGUACAAUUUGUAUUUCAUCGUUACUUGAUUAAAGUGUUAGUGUAUGUUUCUCAAUUCUGUACAUGACAUUUUAUCUGUUAUUAAAAGACAUUAUUAUUCAUUCUUUAAUACAUUCUCUUGAUUUGUAACAAUCUGAGAACACAUGAUAAUGGAAGCUGACAUCAUGACUCUCUCUCUCUCUCUCUCUCUCUCUCUCUCUCUCUCUCUCUCUCUCUCUCACACACACACACACACACACACACACACACACACACACACACUGUUGUAUCUCAGUUUUUUGAAUCUCAUUUGCUAUCAGAUUUUUGUUGUUAAUUUCAUACCUGUUGACCAGCUGUACAUAUCUCACUAGCUUUGAUCCCAGUAUAACCAUUGUAUCAUACCAUUUCCUCUAACUUGUCCAUCUCUUUCACUGAGUGAAAGAAACUUCGGCUUCAGAAGCUUAGGUCUUUUUCAGCUUUUGUUCAUGUAUGUGCCUAAGCAAGCAGAUUUUCCAAUUUUCUUGUUUAUGGAUAAUUAUAUGUCAAUUUUUUACUUCAUUUGCACACUCCUAAGCAAUUAAUAAUAAAAGCUGCUGUGACCCUAAUGCUAUUGUGGAGUACGUAAUGGCCUUUUAAAUUUCAAAGGCUACAGGGAGUAAUAAAAAUGAUGUUUGUGAUUUCUGUCAUGGCUGUGGACACAAAAGAUGAUUGAAAGAGAUUUCUGUUGCUUGUUACAAACACAGUAUAUUUUGUGAAACUAGAGUGUAAAUAUCCCAAGUGUCUUGCAAACAUCAGCUGUAGGAUGUUCAUUGCUUGUUCCUCUAAAAUAAAAACUCUCAGGUUUUGCGACAUUUUUGUCAGAGAAUUACUCAAUAGGAUUGCAGUGAAUGAAAAUUUGCAAAGUAUGAUGACAGGUUAAUUAGUAAUUGAGGUUUUCAGAUAUCAGUAUUCUAUAGAAUGCAAAAAUGAGACCCAGUAUUUCACUUUCACAUGAGAGUGGCAGUGAUACUUUUUGAACCAAGCUGUAGCUACAAUUGACAGCCCUAGUUAAUUAAGACAUGUUUCAUCAGCAGGUGUGGUUUAACUGGGAAUGAUAGAAGAGUAGUAAAAUGGGGACAUUUGACUGCCUGUUUUCUUAUAGGGGCCAAAGGGAUCAGCUGUUAUGAUAGUUAAGAUUCUUCCUGUUGAUCUCUACCAAACUCAUUGUCACUGUUUUUCAUAAUAUAACCUAGCAGAAAGAUGUAUGUAACAUAUUUUACUACAGCAACAAUAAUGAAUUAUAAACUGUCAAUUUGCAUUUAUUUUAUAAAAAUUCAUAUAAAAUUUGUGCAUAAAGAAGUUAUUUCUCUAUCCGGAUGCAGUAACUGUAAAACUUCUGUAGUAGUAGAGUCUAAUUUGAGCACCAGUACAUUAGUAUUAUGAAACUGGUAACGUUUUAAUAAAUUGGCAUUUUGUUUAGCAUCAAAUUUGCAAAUGCAUUGACUAAAACUUUUAGGAAUUUGGGUCAAAAUAUUAAGGAUUGUCUAGAGCUGUGAAUUUGGAUUUAGGUAAGGCAUUUUAUGUUAGUGGUACUAAUUGCAAAUGUUUACAGGAAGACCACCAUUUGAAAUUUUGGCAUGUGCAGAAGUGACAAAAUAGUGUAAUCUCAUUGAAAUCAUAGAGAAGAGGGUGAACUGAAUAAAAUUCAGCCACUACCUGCCUUAAAUUUUUGCUUGGAAAUGUCAUGUUUGUCAUGAAGCAUAUUGUGUAUUAUGUAUCAUCUAUGUACAAAAGUGAGACCCAAUUAAUAAAAUGAUA